AGUCUGAAUAGUGGCAUUGUCACAAACGGCGCAGCGGCUGCUGCCGCCGUCUUUCUUCGUCCUUCCGCUUCUUCGCUCUUUCACGAUAGCCAGAGGCUGGCCCUCACCAUUUUUCUUAUCUCUGCCGCCCUUUGGGCUCUAAUUGCCUUCAUCGGCCUCGCCGUCAACAGCUCGUCUGGCUGCCAAGUCGCCAUUGUUUUCACCACAGCCUUUGAUCAAAUCGCCCGCAUCGCCUUUGCGCAGUUUCUUCUCUGGGCGAUGACAGGAGGCUCCAAACGAUCGUGGGCGACGUUCGUACCGCAGACUUUGCUCGUGUUGCGCUUCGUGCUGGGUGGCGUGUACGUUGGCUUCCAGAGGGCCCAGUUUGCACCCGUGUGCUUCUCUUCGACACGUGUGCUACCUUUGGGCGCUUCUAUCCUGGGCGUCGACGCGAUCAUUCUUUCGAUACUUCUUAUCACAUUCCGCACGGGAAGCUCCAAUGGGACCGGCCGUCUGCAGGUGAAUGCAGAUCGCGCCAAAGUGCUCCUGCUCGGCGUGGCGGGCGCUGCCUUUUGGACAGUUCUGAGCGCACCGAUGCUGUUGGGGAUCCGAUCUCUCGAUCUGUUCCUACGCACGGUGCUGCCUUGUAUCGGACUUGUCGUUCUAAUCUCUAUGACGAUAUUGGCCAAGUCCCAGCUUCUCGCCAACUCCAAUGAGGACAAGCUCUAUCCGAAUCUCGACGACACGCGCCAGUAUCGCAUGUCCGAUCUCGUCCGCGACAUGGCCAACCGGCCCAGCCUGCAGAUGUCUGUCGCUCGGCGAGACAGCAAAGUCUCCAAGAGCGAAGCAGCCUCCGUUAGGGUCACUGCCCUCAACAAGCCGCCCAACCGCAACAAGGCGUUGCCGGGCAUCAACGGCCCAGUCCCAGGGCAAGUCGAGACAGGAAUCGGGGGUCUGCCUGUCGCCGGGCAGCUGUUUCCCCCAACAAAGUCCGGUAACACUGUCGACUCGAGGUAUAUCCCACCUCAAGGUUCACCCAUGUCUCGAGAUGGUUUCAAAAAGACGAAAUACGCGAAGAAGUCGGGUCAUUUGAUAUCUGGUCCUGUUCUUCGGGAAGAUAGUCCGAAUCCCUUGGACAAGGUGGCCACAGUUGAUCUGAUGACCGCAGCGAGACAGGAUCAGGAGCGUCGGGCAGUGCAAACUCGACCACUCAAGUCACGGACAUCUGGUGCUUCAUCGUCAGCGGCGACUGCCGAGGAGUGGACUUCACGAACCCAACGCUCCGGCGUGCCAUCCGCCGCCCGAACACAUCUCGUCCCAGUAGUCGAAUCAGCCGUAACUUCGUCUGCGCAGCCAUCACCGGGCUUGGACGACCUUCGACGACGUUCUCCACGC